CUUAAACAGAACUGGUUAGACUAUCUCACUUUUCCUUUACCUGAUGAAACUGAGACUACAAAUUUGGGUGGAGAUGAUUUGACCCGGAAUAAUGCGGGCUCCAAUUGGGUUAUCGGUAUUGACCCUGAUGUUUCUGGUGCUUUGGCACAAUUGAAAAUUGAUGAGUCUGGUUGCUCUGCUCAGGUGUUUGAUUCUCCUCACUUGAAAGUAAUGGUUGGAAAACGAAUUCGAAAGCGGUUAGAUGGUACAACUGCAUAUGUAGAACAAUCAGCCCCAUUCCCGCAAGAUGGCAAACAGGGAUGGUGGAGUGGAGGAUUUGGUUAUGGAUUAUGGAUCGGGGUGUUAGUUGCCUCAGGUUUCUCAGUAGUUCCAGUAAUAUCAAUGACAUGGAGGAAUGGAUUUGAACUAGCUGGAGGCAGGUCUGCUAAGGAAGAGCUGAGGCUUUGCUCAUUGCUGCAUAUGGAAAUGGCAUGAAGUUGAACUCAUCUUCUGUCUUAGAGGUGUUGCCUUAAAAGUCAAAUAGCUUAAAGAAUUUCGCCUGUGAAAUGUCCUCUAAUCCAUGGAGUCAGAAGAAACGUAGAGGGGACAAAAUUCUUGAAGAUACUCUUUGAAGGCAUCUGAUAAAAACAAUUCUUUUAGAGGGUCAUACAUUCUAUGGUUUAGCAUAAUGGAAAAUUGUUGAAUGGAAAUAGAAAAUUCACAUGAAAGAAGCAUUGUUCUUCUCUCUGAGCUAUAUAUCAGAACGGGUAUGUAUGAUAUUAAUCAUAUGUGAAAUGACACCUGUUACAAGUACAGAACUCUGUGUUUCAUUCUCUGGUCUUUGGUGGAGUUGUGCUAAUUUUGUAAAAGCGAAGCCUGCUAUGGCGAGAGAUGGUGAGGCCGUUUGUUUAUCACUGAGA